CCCACCUCUAACCACAUGGGUGUCCCAGUCAGCUUACAUGUGCUGUGUUCGCCCAGUGCUUCUUAGAAUUGACGAUUGAUCGGAAGAUUUCACUUGAAUGUGUUUGUUACGAGGCAAUUAUAUGAAUGUUUUUGACUGAAAUACGUCAUACUCAACAUUUAUUGCUUGCUAUUGUCUUUAUUUACUCUGUCCCUGGAGCAGAUGCUGAAGUUACCACGACGACUUCAUAUCCAGAACGCCCGUCAGGUCUUUGUCUUGGCCAACCUCGAGACUCGAGAUCCACCCAUACGAAUCAAUUUCCAGAACCCUUAAAUGCGCCUUCUUUUUUUUUCUCGCCCCAUCCCUUAUCCGCCCCUACCUUCUCGAUCCUCGUCUUGGACAUAAGGGGCUGUCAGCCUUCACCACCUUUGCCAAACACUAACAAAGAGAUUCCAGACUCGACAACAAGGCGCAUAGGGGACAAUCCCAUACACCUAAUCGACCACCCUUCUAGAUCUCACAAGUCAAAUAUUUCCCAUAUUCACAUUCACAUAUUCACCUUCACAUGAUCUUACCUGCUUGAACUGUGAAACCUUCCUAGAUUGCUCUUCCUCAAGGAAAACCACCACUCUUUUCAUCACCUGUCUUGUCCGUAACUCCACAACCCCACAAACUACCACCACA